CCCGCAGUUCCGCGGAUGACGGAUCCCAGCAUGCAGCGCGGCGGGGCAAAGGAGCGAGCGGGAAGACUACAUUUCCCAGGAGGCAGCGCGGCGCGCGCCUGCGCAGUGUGUGUGGGCCGGGCCGGAAGAUGGCGGCGGGAGGCGGCGCUGGGCGCGAGGGCGCGUGAGGUGGAGCAGCUUCAGCUGAGAGGCUCGCAGGGCCAGCCCCGCGCCAUGGCCAGCACCAGCAGCUCUGGGGACGGUGCCACGGCCCGCAUGAGCGUGGCCUCGCAGUUCUUCACGCAGGAGGAGGGCAGCGGCAUCGACAGCACCACCACCUCGGAGCGGGUCGUGGAUCUGCUGAACCAGGCCGCCCUCAUUGGCAAUGACUCCAAGAUCAGCAUCCUCAAGCAGGUCCAGGAGCUCAUCAUCAACAAGGACCCCACAUUGCUGGACAACUUCCUGGACGAGAUCAUCGCCUUCCAGGCUGACAAGUCCGUGGAGGUGCGCAAGUUCGUCGUGGGCUUCAUCGAGGAGGCUUGCAAGCGUGACAUUGAGCUGCUGCUGAAGCUCAUCGCCAACCUGAACAUGCUGCUGAAGGAUGAGAACGUGAACGUGGUGAAGAAGGCCAUCCUCACCAUGACCCAGCUCUACAAGGUGGCACUGCAGUGGAUGGUGAAGUCACGGGCGCUGAAUGAGCUGCAGGAGGCCUGCUGGGACAUGGUGUCGGUCAUGGCGGCUGACAUCAUCCUGCUGCUAGACUCAGACAAUGAUGGCGUGCGCACCCACGCCAUCAAGUUUGUGGAGGCCUUCAUCAUCACACUCUCACCGCGUCUGCCCGACUCGGAUGUGCCGCGGCGCCACGAGGGUGACGUCAGCCUGGACCGUGUGCCCCGUGACCACCCCUACAUCAAGUACAACAUGCUGUGGGAUGAGGGCAAGGCGGCACUGGAGCAGCUGCUCAAGUUCAUGGUACACCCGGCCAUCUCCAGCAUCAACCUCACGGCCGCGCUGGGUUCCCUGGCCACCAUUGCCCGCCAGCGCCCCAUGUUCAUGGCCGAGGUCAUCCAGGCCUACGAGACCUUGCACGCCAACCUGCCGCCGACGCUGGCCAAGUCACAGGUGAGCAGUGUGCGCAAAAACCUGAAGCUGCACCUGCUGAGUGUGCUGCGGCACCCGGCGGCACUGGGCUUCCACGCCCAGAUCACCACGCUGCUUGUGGACCUGGGCACGCCGCAGGCUGAGAUUGCCCGCAGCACGCCUAGCCCCCGCGACCUGCGGCGCCGCCCCCGCGAUGAUCCUGAUCCCCUCAAGAAGAUCAAGAUGGAGCCGAACCUCGGGGAGGACGAUGAAGACAAGGACCUGGAGCCGGUGGCAGUGGCGACCCCCAAGGCCGCGGGUGCGGCAGGCACCCAGUCGGACAUUGACAUCACGGCUGAGUUCCUGCAGCCCCUGCUCACCCCCGAGAAUGUGGCCAACCUGGUGCUGAUCAGCAUGGUGUACCUGCCCGAGGCCAUGCCUGCCUCCUUCCAAGCCACCUACACACCCGUGGAGUCAGCCGGCACUGAGGCCCAGAUCAAGCACUUGUCCCGGCUCAUGGCCACGCAGAUGACGGCUGCGGGGCUGGGCCCAGGCGUGGAGCAGACGAAGCUGCUGAAGGAGGAGCGCAAGGAGGAGAAGCUGGCCAGGCAGGAGAGUGUGCUCAUCAAGCGGCGCAUUUCGGCCCAGGGCCAGGCCAUCUCGGUGCUGGGGGCACAGGGCGCUGGCACCAGCCUGCUGGAGGAGGAGGCGCCCCAGGCCAAGCGGCGCCCUGAGCCCAUCAUCCCAUCCACCCAGCCCAGGCUGGUGGGUGCGGGCGGGCGCAAGAAGGUUUUCCGGCUGAGCGACGUGGUCAAGCCACUCUCCCCUGCCCAGAUGGAGAAGCUGAAGCUGGAUGCGGGGCGCCGCGUACUGCAUGCCGAGAAGGCUGUGGCCUGCAGCGGGGCUGCUCAGGACCGGGUGCGGAUUGUGGCGGCGUUGGCAACGCGGCUGGAUGUGCCACCACGGGCCGAGCUGCUGCCCUACAUCCUGGAGGAUGUGCGGGGGCGCCUGGACCUGGCCUUUGCUUGGCUGUACCGCGAGUACAGCGCCCGCCCCGCACCCCCUGGCGCCCCCGACGCCUACGACCGCUGUCUCCUCGGCCUGCUCGGUGGUCUGCAAGAGAAACCCGACCAGAAGGACGGCCUCUUCACCAAGGUGGUGCUGGAGGCGCCACUCAUCACGGAGGGUGCCCUCGAGGUCAUCCGCAAGUACUGCGAGGAUGAGAGUCGCACCUACCUGGGCAUGUCCACGCUGCGUGACCUCAUCUUCAAGCGACCGGCCCGCAAGUUUCAGUAUCUGCACGUCCUGCUGGACCUCAGCUCCCACGAGAAAGACAAGGUCCGGCAGCAAGCGCUGCUCUUCAUCAAGCGUAUGUAUGAAAAGGAGCAGCUGCGGGAGUACGUGGAGAAGUUUGCCCUCAACUACCUGCAGCUCCUGGUGCACCCCAACCCCCCGUCUGUGCUCUUUGGGGCCGACAAGGACACUGAGGUGGCAGCACCCUGGACAGAGGAGACCAUAAAGCAGUGCCUCUACCUGUACCUGGCCCUGCUGCCCCAGAACCACAAGCUGAUCCAUGAACUGGCAUCUGUCUACACCGAGGCCAUCGCUGACAUCAAGCGCACGGUGCUGCGUGUCAUCGAGCAGCCGAUCCGUGGGAUGGGAAUGAACUCGCCUGAGCUGCUGCUGCUGGUGGAGAACUGCCCCAAGGGUGCCGAGACGCUAGUGACGCGCUGCCUGCACAGCCUGACCGACAAAGUGCCGCCCUCCCCUGAGCUGGUGAAGCGGGUCCGUGACCUCUACCACAAGCGGCUCCCGGACGUCCGGUUCCUCAUCCCUGUGCUCAAUGGCCUGGAGAAGAAAGAGGUGAUCCAGGCCCUGCCCAAGCUCAUCAAGCUCAACCCCAUCGUGGUGAAGGAGGUCUUCAACCGGCUCCUGGGUACCCAGCAUGGUGAGGGGAACUCGGCCGUGUCGCCCCUGAACCCCGGGGAGCUGCUCAUCGCGCUGCACAACAUCGACUCGGCCAAGUGCGACAUGAAGUCCAUCAUCAAAGCCACCAACCUGUGCUUCGCGGAGCGCAACGUGUACACGUCGGAGGUGCUGGCCGUGGUGAUGCAGCAGCUGAUGGAGCAGAGCCCGCUGCCCAUGCUGCUCAUGCGCACGGUCAUCCAGGCACUCACCAUGUACCCGCGGCUCGGCGGCUUCGUCAUGAACAUCCUCUCCCGCCUCAUCAUGAAACAGGUGUGGAAGUACCCCAAGGUGUGGGAAGGCUUCAUCAAGUGCUGCCAGCGCACCAAGCCCCAGUCCUUCCAGGUCAUCCUGCAGCUGCCGCCCCCCCAGCUCGGCGCCGUCUUCGACAAGUGUCCCGAGCUGCGCGAGCCACUGCUGGCCCACGUCCGCUCCUUCACCCCCCACCAGCAAGCGCACGUGCCCCACUCCACCAUGGCCAUCCUGGAGGCCAGCACCAAGCAGGAGGCUGAGGCCAAGGACGUGCAGCCCCUGGAGGAGGAGCCCGAGCCCCCGGCCCUGCCGCGCGGCCCCCAGGACGCCAUCGCGCUGCGCCUGGCCCAGGAGAAGGCGCUGAAGCGCCAGGCCGAGGAGGAGCAGCAGAAGCUGAAGGCGGCGGCAGCGGCAGCAGUGGGUGCUGCCCCCCGCGCGCCCCCUGCGCCCACGCCUGCGCUGCCCCCCGAGGAGCCCAUGGAGCUGCGGGAGGAGGGCGCCGAGGCGGAGCCGCCUGCCAUCUUCAUCAGCGAGGACGAGGGCACGGGCAGCGCCCCAACCCCUGCGCGCGAUGCCACCACUGCGGCCCCCGCCAAGGAGCCCAAGGGCAAGGAGGCCGCGGGCACCAGCGACGGAGCGGCAGGCAAGACGGGCACCCUGGUGCCGGAGGAGCCGCCCGCCAGCGCCGCCGAGGCCCCGGCCGAGCCCGAGGCGAAGGAGAGCUGAGGGGGGCGGGCGGGGCCAGGAGCGAAUAAAGAGUUGGCCCGUG